AGCUGCUGCAAGUCAGCACGGCAACAUCCAGAUCCAGGCGUUACGAGACGGGAGUAAUUAACGCUCCCAAGACGCGGAAAGCCGAAACAAAAGAAACGCCCGCCGCCGCUCUCUUCGGUUUUACGCCUUCUUUGUUGCGCGCACGACUGCUCCUCCCCCUCCAAAGAAGAGAAGGUUGGCUGCCGGCCAGCUGACUACCUGCCCAGCGAACCACGUUGCCUCCGCCACCGCUGUCCGCUACCUCUCGUCCUCAACCCCGUCGCUGCUUCGUUUUCCUCUGCGGCCUCGGGCCUCUGCCUUCUCUAAAAGUUUUGAGCUGGAAAGGCUGAUGCUGGAGCAGUGUGGUCUAGACUCUAGACAGCUUGGCUAGGAAAAAAUGGCUUCUGUUUAAUGAUCGGUUAAUUGGAUGACGUAUUUAUGGAGGAGUGGGAUCUUGGAUAUGAUGUCUGCCCAAUUCUGUUGGUUGUUUGUACAGGUGGAUUGCCCUACAUUUAGUUCAAACUUCAAACAGCCUCCUAGACCGAUCUCUUCCUCUAUUUUCAUCCUGACUAGUAGUGGAGUGGCCAAUUCUGCUCUUCCUAUCCUAGGAGAACGAUCCAAGGCCAAUUUCCCAACAUGGAAUUUGAAAGCACUCUUUAACAAUUGUUGAUUGAACAGCACAGUGCCUGGUUUUAAAAGGUUCAAAAGGAAGAAAAUUCAUCUGACACCAGCACUAUCACAGCCACUGAAAGACCUCAAUGUCCAAAGAUUUGGAAAAAUGUUCACCUAGUGGCACCACACCUACGACUUCAGUUUCACCUGUAGAGUCAAAAAAGCAUGAGAAGACUGUACCAAAUUAUCUCAGAGCUACUAGAGGUUCGUGCCAUGAUUUUUGCAAGUAUGGACAUAAAAACCCUUCUGAAGAGGAGGCGGGUAUUUCAGGAGGAAGAAGAAAGAAAAUUCCUGCUCAUCUGAUUAAUUUGACACUACACAGAUCAGCUAUUUUGGAUAGAUCCAAGGAUAUAAAAAAUAGGAGUGUUUCACUAACCAAGUCGAGCAUAUCUCUGGGUGAAGCUGAACGGUUUGCACCCAAGAAAGCAUCAGCAAGUCGAAAAGGAGUUCUAUCCAGUGAGCAUAUGGUUCCCAGGACAGCUACACCAUCUCAACAUAAAUCUCUGAACUCUGAUAGAAGAAAGAUGCAUUCAAUUGUUGCACAGAAGGCUCCAACAAAUCUAAGGUGUUCAAAUGGAGUUCCAAAAAUUGAUAAAAAAGAAACAACGCCAGCCAAGGGGGCUAUAUUUCCUGCGAAAUUGAAGUUUCCAGAGAAGACCUUGCUGGAGAAAUCUAGAAAUGUGGAUAGAGUCACAAUGGCCAAUCAAUCAUUGCACAAGAGGCCAGCUUCUUCUCUCACUAAGCUCAACAUGGUUAAACAGGGGCCUGUUGCAUCUCAGGCUUCUAGUAAGCAUCUACUUUCAAAACAUAAAAAUACUCUGGAGGAACCUGUUGCAGCAAAUAUUACAAGAAUGCGUGCUAAAGCUGGACAAAGUCCUAGAAGGACGAGCAAUCCUUCUAAUAUAAAUGGGAAGGAAGGCUCAGAUAUGCCCAGAUCACCCCUCUCUUUGCAACCCAAGUUGACUGCUUCUAUGGAAUUACAGAUGGAUGAUUCACAAAUUACAGGGAAUUACAACGAUUCAGCAUUGGCUGAACUAUCUCCAGCUAUUACAGAAUACAGAGACUUUUCUCAACCAGCACUAGAAGAAACAAGUAAAACUAUUUCAGAGGACGAUGGGGUGGGAAGAACUGAAAAGAGCAAAAUAUUAGGAGGUGAAGCCUUCCUGGAAAGCACCAUUGCCCUUCAGCUGCAGCAAUCAUUAGAUGGAAAGGAAUUCAGCGUUAUCCUAGCUGAAUCUGAUCUAGAACAGAAACUAUCAGAGCAUAAUAUUGUUCAUAGUCAAGCUUCAAAGGAUUAUAAUAGCCAAACAGAUUAUGCAGCUCUUUGUCAAUUACCAGAACAAGUAACAACUGUGGAAACUGCAGAUGUGUUUGACUUUAUGUCAACUCAAAGUAAUUCAAAAACUGAGGAUGAUCAAGUUAAAGUCAAUGCGUCUGUGGAGUCUCUAAUCCCUGAAGGUAAGGAAGAAAUGAGAGUUCAUGAAGAUUUUGAAAUAUCUCCAGAACUACUGGUACUUGACAAAAAACAUGAUAAGGAGCCUGAGUCUUGUCUUGAUCUUGCUUCUGGAAAUAUAGCAGAGAAUGAUAAGGAUGGUAAAGUUUUUGACAGUAGGAUGAACAACAGUGCUUCUCACUGCCAAUCAAUUUCAGAAACUUCAUCAGAUGGUGGACUCCUUGAGGAACCUAAGUCCAUGCUAAUUGAACCUAGUGUUUUUGCUGGUGAUGAGUUAGCAAGUAUCAGUAAUGAAAAUACCUCUGAACAUGGCGGACUGAAAUCAAGGAUGUUUAUUCCCCAUCAAUCACCAGAAGAACUAUCAGAUAAUGAAUUUUAUGAAGAGUAUGGUUUUGAAUUAAGUGAAUCAGAUGAAUCUGGUACAGAAGAUGAGGAGACAACAAUCAAGAAAAAUAGGAAUGAAUCAUUGAAGUCUGGUGGCCAAAGAUCAAGAAGAACCUCAGCACUUGAAUUGGAUGAUGCUAGUCUCACACCUUAUAAGUUAAAGUUUAAGAGGGGUAAAAUUGUAGAACUCCCACUAGACAGCAUGGGCCCAAGGAGGCUGAAAUUUAGAAGAAAGUCUGCAAAUGAAGCUUCAAAUCGUGAAAGCCAACCAGCUAGAAGGAUUUAUAGAAGGAACAACACCAGUACUGCUGUUCCUACUGAUGUGGAAUCUCCUGGUGUGAAACUGAGACAUCAAGAUGCACAAGAGAAGAAAGAUGCACAAGGAUUGUUCAAUAAUGUAAUUGAAGAAACUGCAAGCAAGUUAGUUGAGUCCAGGAAAAGCAAGGUAAAAGCUUUAGUUGGCGCUUUUGAAACAGUGAUUUCUCUCCAGGAUGGCAAACCCACAUCAUCGACAGCGCAAGCUGGUAAUUCACAAGAUUUAAUUCCUGAUGACGGGGGAAAUGCACCUGAGGAAACUGGAUAGAAUUUGCAUGCCUCUGAAAUGUUGCAAUCUUUGCACUCAUGUUUGGGUCUCCUCCUUUAUUUGGUUCCAGAAUCGGAUCUGAUUGGAAGCAUUUUGUUCAGUGUAUACAACAGAUUUCUCCUGUAGAACGACAGUUGCGGAAGUGGUUUUUUCAGACAGUAUAUAGUAAUGUGUUCAAUGGAACAAGUGCUUUGAAGUCUACUUCACUGUAAAUCAAAUGAGACAUUGUAAGACCAAUUGUGUUUUUGUUCGGCUUGGUUUUCCUAAAUGCAAUAUUAAAAGAGUUGGUUUUGCUGCA